CGGUUGUCUUUUCUUCCUUCCCUUCUAUAUAACUGUCUGUCAAACUGUUUUGCAUAGGGGCUUUGGCUGGGGAUCAUCUGUGCACUGAUUGUGCAAGUGUUGUUGCUUCUUAUCGUAACCAUACGCACAAACUGGGAGAAACAGGCAAAUAAAGCUACAGAAAGAGUGUCCGACUCAACAGUUCAUGUGGACAUAGUGUCAUGAAGCUGAACUACGAUUGACAAUAGAUUCCACAUAUACUAGGUGCUAACGUGUAACGAAUACACCUUGGAAAAUUCUUGGCAGUGUCAAAGGUGGUGCAACUCGAUAUGCUUGACAAUCGUACUUCUCAGUUUUACGGUCUUUAUUACCAUUACUGGCAGUGGAUACUGAGGCUUGAAGAUGCAGCUGAUUAAUAUAUGGCUCAAUUUGGUACAGUAUCAUGAAGUUAGUUAAAAUUGUAAACUGCAAUUAGGCUGAAUAAAAUCUUUCUUGCUUACGAAGAAAUUCAAGAAUAUAUUCCUAUCCUACAAGGAAUUCAUUUUUGCUAAAACGAUUCAAAAUAUGCGUUUUCUUUUCGGUUUAUGAACAAGAAUAGCAUCUCCCAAAUUCGAUCAAAACUACGAUUGCUUGCGGUUUUUACCAAAGAAUGAGGAUGGAAUUAGCAAAGAACAAGAAAUGAACAUCAAUUGUACUAUUUUCCCACUCAAAGCAUUGCAUUUUUGGUAUUAAGAAUAUAUACUUUGAGUGCUUUAAUCCUUAUGCUGCAAACUUGAAAGAAAUUCUAGAUGCAAACCCAAGUUGCUAUAAAAUCCCAAGUAAAUCCGUACAUUUCCAUUCAUCAAAACUUAUAUAUUGAUACAUACUAAAACUCUCUUUCCUCCUUCGGAAAUCGGAAUCAUCAUGGCGGAAUUCGUGUCUACCAUUGCCGAAAGUGUCAUGGCAGGGCUGGCUUCCUUUGCUUACCAAGAAGUUUGCUUGGCAUGGGGUGUCGAAGAGGAGCUAAAAAGGCUUCGGAAUACCUUUUCCCACAUCAAACUGUUGAUCGUGGACGCUGAGGAAAGGCAGAGGAAGGAACCCCUUCUAACCCAAUGGUUAGGAAGGCUCAAAGAUGCUUGCUACGACAUAGAUGACGUGCUCGAUGAGUUUGCAUUCCAAGAAAUGCAGAUGAAAAUGCUGGUCCCUGGCGGGAGUAUCAAAGGAAAGGUAUGCAUAUUCUUUUCGCGCUGGAAUCCUAUCAUGUUUAACUUCAUUAUGGGGCAUAAGAUCAAAGAAAUUAGAGAAAGGUUAGAUGACAUGGGAGAUGAAAAAUCUCGCUUUCAUCUUGUGGAACGAGUUGGAGAUUGGCAGGUUGUGCACAUAAAGAGGGAGACUCACUCUUUUGUGCAGCCAUAUGAUGUUAUUGGAAGAGAGGAUGAUAAGAAACAGGUUAUCAUCCAUCUCUUGAACUUGAACCUGAAGGAAGCAAGUGGCGGUGCCCCCGAGCAUGUUUCUGUUAUAUCCAUUAUCGGAUUAGGAGGCAUAGGCAAGACCACUCUUGCUAAAUUGGUGUAUAAUGAUCAUCGGGUUGUCAGAAACUUCGACAUGAGAAUGUGGGUGUGUGUUUCGGACCACUUUGAUCACAAAAGAUUGGUUCAUGACAUUCUUACUUCAGCAACUAACCAAAACUGUGGUGAUCAUGAAAGCUUAGACCAAAUGCAGAAAAAGUUGCAAGACGCUCUGAGGGAUAAGCAGUUUCUGUUGGUGUUGGACGAUGUUUGGGACAAGGCUCAUGUCGGAGUAACAUCCGCAAAGUGGUUUGAUAUGAAAGCUCUAUUAAAUGUUGGAGCCGAGGGGAGUAAAGUCAUCGUAACAACUCGCAGUGAAUCAGUUGCUUCGUUGAUGAGCUCCGCGAGAGUGCAUCAACUAAAAGGUCUUCCUCUCAAGGUUUGCAAGUCUUUGCUUAUAAGACGGGCAUUUGGUCAAAAAGGUGAGGAGCAACGCUAUCAACACUUGAUGGAGAUUGCGGAAAGUAUUGCAGAUAAAUGCGGUGGGGUUCCUCUAGCGGUAACCACACUAGGGAGCCUACUGCAUUCAAAAAGGGAGAAACAGGUUUGGUCCAAAGUCAGAGACAGUGACAUAUGGACAUUGGACCAGGGAAACGAAGACAUUCUACCUGCACUGAAGUUAAGCUACGAUGCAUUGCCGCCCUACUUGAAGCCUUGUUUCGCCAUUUGUUCACUGUUCCCGAAAGACUAUGUGUUCCAAAGUACAGAUUUGGUUUCGCUAUGGAUGGCACAAGGCUUCCUGCAAUCCUCUAAUCCAACAAGAUCUAAAGGAGACCAAGAGUUGGAAGAGAUUGGCCUAGACUACAUCAGGCAAUUAGGUUCGAGAUUCUUAUUUGAAAUAGAGGAAGAUUCGAUUGAUUUCAUAGUAUUUAAAAUGCAUAAUCUUGUCCAUGAUUUAGCUAUUUCAGUGUCAAAACUAGAGUGCUCUUCCAUAAAUUUCCGUCCUAACCCCGAUACUUGUAAAAGGGUUCGGCAUGUGUCAAUGUCAAGGGAUGACUUACCCACCAAGAAAGGGGAACGAGUUCCUGAGUUCUUUCUUCAGUUGCAGAAAGUUUGGACCAUUCUAUUUCCAAUUCCAGGACAUGAAGGAUUCUCCAACAAAUCUGUGUUGAAAUCUUGCAUCCUGAAAUUCAAGUACCUACGGGUGCUCGAUCUUAGAGGUUCAACUUUUGAGGAGUUGCCGGGUUCUGUUGGCAACUUGAGUGGCCUGAGAUAUCUCAACUUGUCCAAAAAUCCUAGCAUGCAAAAGCUUCCGGGUUCCAUUUGCAGGCUGCUAAACUUGCAGACCCUACUACUUACUAAUUGUGAGAAACUCAAGAAGCUGCCGAGAGACAUAGGGAACCUGAUCAACCUCAGAACAUUGGUGCUGACAACAAAUCAGACGGUUAUGCCAGAAGGAAUUGAACGCCUCACCUCUCUUCGAUUUUUACAGGUCGACAGCUGCAGUCAUCUUGUAUCUUUCGGCGAAAUGAUGCAGCGCCUCACAAACCUCCGAGUGCUGGUUAUAAGCAACUGUCAAAGUCUAGAGUCAUUGCCAGGUGACUUGGAAAACCUGACAGCGUUAAAGGCUUUAGCCAUCUCCGACUGCGUAAAUCUUGACUUGAUGAGGUCGGGAGAAGGCAUUCGCGAUCUUCGAUCGGUUUCAGUCUCGCAUUUAGAGGCUCUUCCCCCUUGGCUUAAAGAGUCUACAGACACUCUACAGAGCUUAAGUAUCAAGAACUGCGAGGGCCUCAAGGAACUGCCGGAGUGGCUGCAAACCUUCAAGUUGCUGGAACAUCUAGUGAUCGAAUACUGCCCUCAGCUGUCGAGCUUGCCGGAGGGGAUGCAUCUCCUCGGUGCAUUGAGAGAGCUGAAGGUCGACGGGUGCUCGAAGUUGAGUGAAAGAUGCAAAGGAAAAGAAGGUGCAGAUUGGUUGAAGAUCGUUCAUGUCAGCAAGGUUACAGUUGAUGGAGAGAUUGUCGCGUCAAAUGUUGAUUAGAUAACACUUGUUCAUUUGCCUUGUAUUGUUGUUGUAAUACUAAAUGUAGCUCUCAUUCGAAGUCCAAAUAUUGGUUUGUCACUUUAAUAAGUAAUUGAUUAAAUUUUA